CGUGAAUCCACGCAGCGUUCACCGAACAUGAGCAUGCGCGAAGACGGCGAGCUCCUCGUGCUCGGCGACCUGGCGGCGGCCAGCGUCGAGCGCGACGACGCCGGGGACGUCGCGAUGUGCUACACCGAGGAGAUGGAGGAGAUUAUGGAGAAAAUCAACAAUCCGACGCAGCUCGCGUCGGUCCGCGCCGACUUCGACGAGCUCCUGGCGCUCGGCGGCGGGCAGGAGACGGACGCGGGCAUCUGGCGCUUCCUGGACCGCCACGCGCCGGCCAAGCUCAAGGAGCGUCAGUGCCCGAUCAGGCUCGGGGCGUUCCGCGCCUGCGCGUGCAAAACGAGCUUUAACACCGUGGACUCGUUCCGCCGGUUCGUCCAGCACUGCGCGAACAUGGGCGGCCGCACGGAGGCCAACGAGCCGCUCCAGAGCGAGCACGGGCGCGAGUGCCGCUACCACCUGGUCCUCUUCCAGUGGAUGCUCGCGCGGGACGACUACCGGGCCGACCUCGCCGCCGAGCUCCCGGCGAGCGUGCCCGUGCCCCGCGCGGAGAUCCCGCCGGGCAUCGCCGCCGACGCCGCGGCAGCGCCGGCCGCCGCGCCCGCCGCCGCGCCCGCCGCCGAGGACGCGCCGCCGCCGGCGAAACGCGCGCGGUCCGAGGGGCCCGACGCGGCGGCGCCGGACGACGCGGAGGCCUUCGCCGCGCGGCUCUGCGACGCGGCGUUCGAGAGCGACAACCCGGACAUGCCGUGCCGGUGCGCCGUGCAGGUGCUCAAGUCGCCGGCGCUCUGCACGGCCAAGUCGGGCAAGGGCCGCUGCAAGACGUGGGACAUGCUCUUCCAGCACUGCACGUCGAAGAAGGAAUCCGGCUGCUGGUACCACGCGCGGGUCGCCGCCUGGCUCGAGGCCUCGGGCAAGCUCGUGCACCAGGGCUCGGGCGCGACGCUCGAGGCCGCGCGCGAGCACGAGCUGAUCCUGCCGCCGAUGGUCGAGCUGCGGGGCCUGCCGCCCACCGACCGGUCCCUGAUCUCGUCGAGCUCGCUGAAAGAGGGCAUCCUGAAGCCGUGGUCGGCGACCGUCGAAAAGGCGAAGCCCCACUACGCUCCGCCGCGGGGCGAGCGAGAGCGGUUCCGGGUGGACGACUGGGUGAAGGUUUCCCAGUCGCCGCGCGCGGCGACGGGCGGCGGCGCCGCGGCCCGGGGCGGCGCCGUCGCGGAGCCCGCGUCCGCGCCCAAGCUCUCCGGGCGCGUCGUGCAGCUCGCCUCCCACCGCCGCGUCCGCGUCGCGCUCUUCGGCGAAGACGGCGAGCCGCCGCGAGAGAUGGAAUGCAGAGAAUCGCAGCUGUCGCACUGGACGGCGGCGCGGCCGACCGGCGAGGUCCUCGUGGUCUUCUCCGACGGCCUCGAGGGCCUGACCGCGGCCGAGUCGUUCGCGCGCGCGUUCCAGUUCCCGCGCGCGACGGCGAGGCUCGCGCGCGCCGGCGUCGACGCCGCGUACCUGGAGCGCUACUUCCUGAACGGCAACGGGAGGCCCCGCAAGUACCCGUUGGAGCUCGCGACCAAGGGCGGCACGCCCAAGUACCGGCGGUCGACGCGGCGCGAGCUCGAGGAGCGCGCGAGCGCGGCGGCCGCCGCGCGGGACGAGGCCGCCGCCGAGGAGCUGCAGCGGCGCGACGCGGCGCUCGCGGAGACGGCCGCGGAGCGCGACCGCGAGGCGCGCGACCGCGCGGCGGCGGAGGCGCGCGCGGCGGCGGCGGAGCGCGCGCGCGAGGAGGAGACCGCCAAGGCCGCGCAGCGCGUCGAGGCCGUCGAGGCGGAGGCGUCGAAGCUCCGGGAGGAGCACGCGGCGCUCGAGGACGAGGCGGAGACGCUGCGGCUCGCGCAGGCCCGGGCGAACGGGCUGCGGAACGCGGGCGCCGCGGCGCUCGAGGAGGAGAAGCGGCGGAACCAGGAGAGCGUCGAGCGGACCAUCGCGGAGCUGCGCCGGCGCGGCGCGGCGCGCGACGCGGAGCGCGCCAAGUACGAGGGCGCGCGCGCGGACGCGGAGCGCGAGCGCGCGCGCGAGCGGCGCGCGGCCGCCGAGAAGAGCCGCGAGCUCGAGCAGCGGCUCGAGGCCGCCCUGCUCGAGUCCGGCGGCGAGGCGUCGGAGCGGGUCCGGACGCUCCAGAAGAAGUGCGACGAGGCCGAGGCGCACGAGGAGGCGCUCUCGAUGCGCCUCUUCCACCACGGGCGCGCGACGCGGGACGCGCACGAGGCCCUCGGCGCCUGCGUCUGGGGCAAAUGCAAGCCCUGCGAUGGGGUCACGGCCGAGUGGCCCCAGCUCCUCCCGCACAAGGUCGUCGCCGACGCGCGCGGCGCCGCCGUCGAGGCGCGAUGCGCGGCCGGCCUGCGGGAGGUCUCCGGCAGGAAGCCGACGGCCAGGGCCGUCGAGGCCUGCCUCGACGUCCUCGACGUCCUCGUCCGCGACCAGGACUUCGUGCCGAUGAAGCAGGUCCACGGCGCCGACGGCGCCGUCCUCGACGUCUUCGACGACGAGUUUCCCCCCGGCAAGCUGGAGACCAAGGACUACGAGGACUGCUGGAAUGAGUUCUACGAGGGCAGCCCGUCCUGGGGCUUCAUCAAGUCGCUCGGCAAGACGGACCAGGCGCUCGUGCGCGGCAUGGUCGCCGACAAGUUCGGCGAGACCGUCGCGGCCGUCCUCGUCGACCUCGUCAACGAGCGCCUCGCGCACGAUGCCAUCUACCCGACGCCGGUCCCGUGGGACGACAACGCGGAUACGGCGCUCACGGCCGCGGAGGGCAUCCGCCGCCUCGCGGACACGGUCCUCGCGCAGCGGGAGCGCAUCGCCGCGCUCGAGGCGGAGUCGGAGGAUGGCGACUAGCGGGCGAUUAAGGAGUCUGGGC